UGUGAAGACUAGGCUACCUUGCAUUUUGACAUCGGUUAAAAUUUGUUAAUGAUUUAUUCCUGGGAAAGGAUGUCGAGUAAAAUUUCUCAGCAAUGGGCUGUGUUUGCUAGAAUGUGGUAUCUUAUUGAUGCGACUAAACAACCCCCAGGCCGAAUAGCAAAAGCAGUUAAACCGAUCCUUGAGGGAAGACACAAGCCUAUUUACCAUCCUCUGAGUGAUGUUGGAGAUCAUGUUGUCAUCAUCAACACAUACCACAUAGCUUUCAGCAAGGACAAAUGGAGAACCAAAAUUUAUAAGCAUCAUACAGGGUAUCCUGGUGGGUACAGUGAGACACCAGCAUACCGCAUGCAUGAGAAAGACUCAACAAUAAUUGUCAAGAAGGCCAUCUAUGGGAUGCUUCCCAAGGAUCUUAGACGACAUGAUAUGAUGAAGAGACUUCAUCUCUUCCCUGAUGAGAAUAUUCCAGAUGAUAUCCGAGCUAAUAUUUGUGAGCAGAUUAAGCCUCCAAGGGAGAUACCCAAAGCCCUGCCAGAGUAUAGUGAAGAGGAACAAGCUGCUUUCCCCAGACUUUGGCUCCCGAAGGAUUCUGAAGUUAAAAGGUAGCACCUGUUAUACGUGAGGAUGACGCUGAAACCAUCUUUUAUUCAACAAUAAUCUCAUCAGUGAUUCAAGGACAGUGGUUGCUGAAGAGUAGCAAAAUCCUUGGCCAAUAACAAAAUACAUGUUGCUGUGUUUCCUAAUUAGAGCAGGUUGGUCGUAAAUUUUUCGUUUGCUUUCAAUUUUUUCGGCCAAAAUCUUCAGGGUAGGAAAAUUACCAGGUUGUGUUUUAUGUUCUUUUUUAACAAACAAGGAAAAAUAAUAUUAAAUUGCAAACAUAAAUACUGUAUUGGCUUCAAGUUGGCAGGUUGUCACAGACACUCUGGUUAAGUGGUUAAGUGAUAAUAAGCACAUAGAAACAUUCCCUAAUAUGCGCCGUAUAAGAACCGACUAUUAUUGUUCUUAUUAAGUGGCGAUGUCUGCUUUUGGAAGGCAGUAGGAUGAUGGGUAAAAAAGCACAUAAAUAGGAAUACAAAAUACACAGUAUAUAUAUGUUUGGAAAAAAGUCUGGCUGAGGGAUCAGUACCAUUGGUCUGUUGGGGGUUCUGUGAAAACAACCAGAAACACACACAUAUUUUGUUUGGCCAAAUGUAUGGAAUAUAUGGAUUCUGUUUAUAGAUACACAGACCUUCGCCAAGGUAAAUUAGUAUGUGGGAUUAGAUAGCCAGUCAUGUACAAUGCAAGACUUAUGUUCCUCUGUUAUGAUCACAAUAGUAUUUAAGAGUAAUUUUCUUUCAGCGGUAAUAAUGUUACCUACCUGAGUGAUGAUGAACCCCGUAAAUAAUGUCAAGUUUGCUCUCUUUGCUUAACUAGUUUCAAUUCUAGUCUUUAAAAGUUACUGACUUAUCAUAAUUCCACCUUUUUAUUAAAUGGUACUUUUCACCCUUUCUGAUGCAGCAUUUAUACUUCCCGCCAUCAAUAUAUACAUAGAUUUAAUACUGACAAGGCUUUGAUCUAGAUCAAUUCUGAGUGUUCUAACUUAUUUAUUGAGAACUAGUUGUGUUAAAUUCAUAAAACACGUUUUAAAUUUAAGGUAAGAUUGUUAAAACUGGCUUUGUCUUAGCUGUUUAGAUCCUGUUUAUGUCUGCAUUUGAGUGUUUUUGAAGGGGACAGUUCUCUCUGUCAUCAGGGACGGGCAUUGAGCCAGGUUUACUACUUCAUUUGCUCUCGGCUGCAGUGGAGCCUUGCGUUAAACUCUCAUGUUCAUGCCAAGCUGUACGAUGAUUACGCACUUCAAGAAACACACUGAAACUUUUAAAACUGCACUUAUUAUGAGCAAGAUGAGUAUGGUUUAUCGCAUGCGUGCCAUAAGCCCUCUGAUAAGCCCUAGACACAGUGCCUACCUGUACUGUGUGCACUGGAUAAGCUGGCCUAGGAUUGGAGUGUAGAACGCUGUACCAUCAAUGUUUACUUUGAAUUGUAGUGUUGGGAAUUGCUUAUACACUGUACAUGAACAUGUACACAUUUAUCAAAGAAAAGUCUGUCCAUUGUCUGGUAACACUGUACAAAAAGUCUUCAUGUUAUGAAGUUCUUUUUAAAUUACCACCAAUGAACUAGUUGAUGUUAUACAAUUCCUAUUGACAGAUUUAUCUGGUUGUAAUAAAAAUGAGAAAUGUUUGAAUUUUUAGUAAA